AUGACAAAUCGCCACACAGCAAUGAACUGGUCUCCCCCACGAAGCCCAUUCCUGAAGAUUAACUAUGACGGAGCAGUGUUUCGAGAUUCAAGCAGUGCAGGUUUGGGAGUUGUGGUCCGUGACAGCGUGGGAGAGGUUCUUGCCUCACUAGUAGAGAACAUUCCUCUUCCUCAGACAGUGGCAGACGUGGAGGCAGCAGCUGCAAGAAGAGCCAUCAUGUUUGCUAGGGAGCUCAACCUUAGCACGGUAAUCUUAGAGGGUGAUUCGGAGAUCAUCAACAAAGCAAUUCAAGUGGAGGAGCAGUCCCUAGCCUCCUAUGGUAACCUCAUUGAGGAGAUAAAAUUGCAUGCAGAAUCUUUUCUCAGUUUUAGAAUUUCUCAUGUUAGAAGAAAUAGGAAUUCUGUAGCACAUAACCUUGCUAGACAUGCUAGACAUGUUAGUGGUUUAGUAGUUUGGAUGGAGGAGGUUCCAUCCCACAUUUUACCUGUACUCUUAGCUGACGCCGGCUAA